CAGCUCUGUGUACAUUUAAGCCUACUGGAGCUCUACUGAUAUUCUCCCUGUAAGUCCAAUUCUCCCUGUUGGGCCAUCGGUAGCAGGGGCACAACAACGAAGUGUUCGGAUGCAUGGCGGCAUGCAUGGCUGCGGUCUAGCUAGCUAAUAGCCAAUUUGCCAAUCUGAUUGUUGAUCAUGUCUUCUGAUAGUAUUGCUACUGGUAUCAGCACCAGUUCUGGUGGUAGUACCGGCAGUGCUGCUGCUGCUACCAAUACCAGCUCACCCAACAAUGCAAAACUGAAGAUGUCUCCUCCCUUCGAUUCUCUUCUUUUCGCUGAUGAUUUGAUUUUGGUCCAAGGCAUUCUACCUUAUGUUGGCGUUGGACAGUACGCGUUUGUAGGAGCUGUCAACAAAAAGAUGAAUCAACUAUACAAAGAGUACUGCACGCUUGAACUCAAGAAAAAUCCAAGAAAGGUUAAGACUAACCCUGGAGGGUUCCGGUCUGCUCACAGUCGCUCUUCGGGAAGCACCGGCACUUUUUGCAGCGAAACAUUCUGUAACCAGCCACGUGCAGAAUACUGGCUCAAGGACAAUUCCAGAAAUAAGACACCUCAUCGUGAUCAUGUUUGCACUGCCAUUGCCAAAAUUGGAAAUCUAUGCUGUCAUGAAAUGGGCACGACAAAAAGGAUUCCUCAUGGGAAUCAAUGUGACGUGUGCUAGUGCUGCACAAUGGACACUUGGAAAUUGCUCCAAUGUUUAGAGAAAAUGGUUGUCCAUGGA